ACCAACAGAUCCAUCUCAAAGAAAUUACCUUCUACAACAAUUGAAGUCAUGAGCACAUACACAAGAAGAAGUCUCAGUCCUCAUGGGCAGCAUGAUAUUCCAGGACAAAGACAAGGAAAUGUCUAUACUCAAGUUCAACAUGGCAGGAGAGCAGAUGGAGUAGGCCGCCCAUUUCCAAACAAGCCUGUUAGCCACAGAAGACCUCUCAACUCCAGGACACAAGACUCACUUGAUCUGUAUGAUUUUGAAAAAAUCACUAUUACAAAACAACAAAGAGGCUCUUUUUUGCCCCAAGAACAUAAUUUAAAUGACAUCAGAAAGACCACUGGAUCCCAGCAUACAAGAAAAGACUCACACAGACUGCCCAGUGGAGAACUGCAGAUGGCCAGAGCAAUUCAUGCAAAAGAACUAAUGCUACAGGAGAAGCUGUGGAGGGUUGAGGAAGUAAUAAGACAAAAGAUCCAGAGGGAUAGUGUUGCAGUUGCUGCAGGUAAUGAUGAGAUGACAAGUGAGAAGGAGAUGCAUGAUGGGGGACAAGCAGAGAGGGGAAAAGCUCACACAAAAACCAAGCUGUCUGAGCAGCACAGAAGAGAAGCACUGAGAAGCGGAGAAAUAUUGAUCAGACCGCACAAAGAGAAGCUGGGACUCAUGAAUAGUACAGACACCAACUUCCAGCUACUUCCUUGCACAAUCUGCAACAGAAAGUUUAAAAGUGACAGGUUAGAAAAACAUGUCCAUAUCUGUAAAAAGGUGAGCCGAUCACAUCGUCAAGUCUUCAACUCCUAUGUUAAUAGGACCAAAGGAUCUGCCAUUGAGGAGUUCUGGAAAACUCACAGCAGAAGCAAAACUCCAGAGGUGUUACAGGAAAAGAGCAAAAGACAGAACCACAAAGUGUACACGAAGGGUCGACUCCCAGCUGGAUCUUCACAGCAAAAAUUAUCCAAGUGAGCCGACAUGAACAGACCCAGAUGCUUUGGUCCUGGACCAGUUGAACAACAAAUCCUCAUGUAUCAGCACAUUAAGUCAUCCAUCUUGUUAUUGUCAAUCGUCUCUGAAUUGUUUGGUUUUAUCCCUUUUGAUAGAGACCUCGUCUCCACUGCUUAAAUAUAUUCCCUAACUAAACAUAACUGUGUAAGAUAGUUUUAGAUGCUUUUUAUAAGGAAAGCCCGUGUUAAUAUCAGCAAGUAGAAAAGUUACAGUAUAUUUUAGCUGACAUUGUGGGAAAUAUUGACUGUACACAAGUAACAACAGACAGAUGUUAGUUUUAUUUAUGGCAAAUCAGGAAGCAACAGUGUGACUGUGAGAGGAGUGUUCGUUACUGUUACAUCUCCACAAUAUUUGGUAAACCUCAGUAAAAAGUAAACCACAUUUCAAAUGCUGUCAACACGUAUUAAAAAAAUUCACAUAAGCCACAGCAUUGUCAUAUUUGCUCUAAUUUUGGUUUCAAUAGCUCUGACUGUAUUUAACGCUGCAUUUUACUGCAUGAAAACACUGCCAGUGUUAUACUGUUGACAUCCGACAGUUCACAAGUUAACACAAGUUAAAAGCUUGUAAGAUAACUAUGACAAAGGGUUUUACACAACACACACAAUAAACAAAACCAACUUAUCUCAAACAAAAAAAUGCAAUUGGAUAUUUGCUUUCA